AUGCUCCAUUCGAGGCUUCGAACAAGUUUUUUAAACAGAUUUCACUUUAAGAGACUACCGCUACCGAGAAAUGGUUUAAGAUUUCAAACAACGACCAGCAUUGGUGAGUUUAAAGAGUUGCAUCCAUUACUGCUUGAAAGGGCGAAGAAAUAUGCAAACGAGCUGCAAUUGAUGGAGCAGAAGAUGGCACAGGGCUCUUUGAACUUUGAUGUUGAGCGGGAAAAACAUUUCUCGAGACUUUCCGCAAUCGUGGACUCUUACAGAAAAUAUUGUAGUGAAAUCUCUACUGUCCGUGAACUACAAGUAAUGGUGGAAAAUGAUCCGAGUCUGCGAGAAGAAGCUCAAGAAGAAAUACAGGAUAUCAUUCCGGCGCUUAUCAAAACUUCGGGAUCCCUUUUGGGACAACUUCUGCCGCCACAUCCGUUCUCAGACAGACCUUGCAUUAUAGAAAUCCGACCUGGCGUUGGAGGAAUAGAGGCCAUGAUCUUCGCACAGGACCUGCUUAACAUGUACACUAACUAUGCCCACAACAAGAGAUGGAAGCAUCACAUCAUUUCUCACAACGAAAACGAGAGCGGAUCUGGAAUCGUAGAUGCAAUACUCAGCAUCGACGAGCCCGGGGCCUACGAGAGGCUCAGAUUCGAAGCUGGGGUGCACCGGGUUCAGCGAAUUCCAGCUACUGAAACCAAAGGCCGGACUCAUACCUCCACAGCAGCAGUAAUAGUACUACCCCAAAUGGCUGAGGAUACGGAAAAGGAAGCACAAUCGUACGAAAGAUCUUUCAAACCUGACGAAAUCAGAAUAGACGUUAUGAGAGCUAGUGGGAAAGGCGGACAGCAUGUGAACACAACAGAUUCCGCCGUGCGGCUCACCCACUAUCCAUCUGGCAUCGUGAUCAGCAUGCAGAAUGAGAGAUCGCAGCAUAAGAAUAAGGCAAAGGCGUUCGCGAUCUUACGGGCUCGUUUGGCAGAGAUGGAACAGAAAGAAAAGGAAGAGAAAGCUAGAGCUGCUAGAAAGGGCCAAGUCAGCACCACGGACCGCUCUGAUAAAGUAAGAACGUACAAUUUUCCCCAGAAUCGUAUCACUGACCAUCGCUGUGGGUUCAAUCUUCACGACAUGGAGGGCCUUCUGGCUGGAGAACGCUUGGAUGAUAUAGUGGAUGCAAUGCGUGCUUUUGAUAGCGACACGCGAGCAAAGGAACUUUUGAAAGACGUCGAAGACGAUACAAGUAAAUAA